GAGCCGCCUCCCUAUGGCCAAGAUGGCGGAGCGGCACAAGAUGGCGGCGGCUGCCUUUAUCAAAGAUGGUGGCCCUGUGUGAGGGGAGGACUCGGGACCAAUCAGAGCAGCGGGAGCAGACCUGGCCACGCCCCUUUUAGAACAUCGGGGGGAGAUGAAUUUGGGGAAGGGUCGGGGUGUUUGUGACGUCACUGGGGGUGCGGGGAAUCCCUCAGGACCGAGGGGGGGUCGCUCCCCGUGCCCCCUCCUCUUUGCCGCCAUUUCGGGGCGCGGCUUCUUUAAGAGGGCCCCGCACGUGCCGCCCCGCGUGCUCCUGGCCACGCCUCCCAGACUCGCCCUCUCCCCAUAGGCUAAAACUGGGUCAGGCCCCGCCCCUCCUGGACAUCCCUAUUGGCCCAAUGUAGGUCAGGCCACGCCCUCCCGCAUGGCCGCGCCGCCUGACCGCGGCCACGCCUGCUUCGCUCCCAUUGGCUGCGCUGGUCGCCAGGGGCGUUGCUUCGCGGAGGGGGCGGAGCUUUCUUCCUCUCUGUGCAGGGGCGGGGUUUUUGCUCCUUUGGGGGCGUGGCUUGAGGCGGUACCAACCAAUGGGAAGCGCGCAGCGUGCGCGGGGAGGGCGGGGUUUAUUUUUAGGGAGGAGUGGCUAUAACAGAGAACAGGCGGGGAUUGGCUGGCGGUGACGAGGGGCGUGGUCGGUCGAGGCCACGCCCCCUCACGGGCGCAGCGCCCCCCGCGGGGCUCGGGCCGAGGAACCGGGACCGAACCGGGACCGAACCGGGACAGGGAUGGACGAACCGGGCGGAUCCCGGGGGGCUUUCCUGGGGGCGCCCCCCCCGCCGCCCCCCCCGCCCUGGGAGCGGCCCCCAGCCCCAAUUGUGGGCGGGGGUCCCGACCUCGAGUACGUGGACCUGGACGAGUUCCUGAGGGAGCACGGGCUGCCCCCCCCCAGCCCCCCGACCCCCGCCCGGAGCCCCCAGCCCCACGAGAGGGCGCCCGCCCCCGGCCCCCCCCGGGCGCCCCCGGAGGCGGAAGUGGAGGCGCUGGGGGGGGGUCCCGGUGGUCCCGGUGCCCCGGGGGGGGGUCCCGGUGGUCCCGGCGCCCCGGGGGGGGGUCCCGGUGGUCCCGGUGCCCCGGGGGGGGGUCCCGGCGGUCCCGGCGCCCCCCUGGACCCCCGGCGGCUCCGGUUCUCGCAGGAGGAGCUGCGGCCGCAGCCCAUGGCCCGCAAGGCGCGCAAGGUGCACGUGCCCGACGAGCAGAAGGACGAGAAGUACUGGAGCCGCCGCUCGCGGAACAACGCGGCCGCCAAGCGCUCGCGGGACGCGCGGCGCCUCAAGGAGAACCAGAUCUCGGUGCGGGCGGCGUUCCUGGAGCGGGAGAACGCCGCGCUGCGCCUCGAGGUGGCGGCGGCUCGGAGGGAGCUGCAGCGAUUCAGGGCCAUCCUGCAGAGAUACGAGGCUCAGCACGGACAGAUCUGAGGGGUUUGGGUCAUUUUGGGUCAUUUUGGGGGGUUUUGGAUCGUUCCUGGAGCGGGAGAACGCCGCGCUGCGCCUCGAGGUGGCGGCUGCACGCCGGGAGCUGCAGCGAUUCCGGGCUAUCCUGGCACGAUACGAGGCUCAGCACGGACAGAUCUGAGGGGUUUGGGUGAUUUUGGGUCAUUUUGGGGGGUUUUGGGAUCAUUGGGAUCGUUCCUGGAGGGGUUUGAGAUGGUCCCAGGUGCUCCAGGACUGACCCAGGACUGACCCAGGUGCUCCACAAUGGCUCCAGGACUGACCCAGGACUGACCCAGGACAGCCCCAGCGGUUCAGAGCCAUCCUGCAGAGAUACGAGGCUCAGCACGGACAGAUCUGAGGGGUUUGGGUCAUUUUGGGGGGUUUUGGGUCGUUCCUGGAGCGCGAGAACGCCGCGCUGCGCCUCGAGGUGGCGGCGGCUCGGAGAGAGCUCCAGUGGUUCCGGGCCAUCCUGCAGAGAUACGAGGCUCAGCAUGGACAGAUCUGAGCGGU